AGGAGAGCGCAAGACUUGAUGACAAACACUUUGGUUACUAACAGAUUGAUUGUGGCCUUCAAUUGCAAUCAUAUUCUGGUUUUAAAGUGAUUUUCUGGCCAUAAAUAUACUGUUUUAUUGGGCAUUGGAUUCAAUACAUACUCCAGUGAUUGUAUCGUAAGUUUUGGCUGCCGUUCAUAAUAUUUGCCAUUCAAUUGCCAACCACUGCAAGAAUAUGGCAUCAGAUUUGCCUGUCUUUGGCUAUUGGAAUAUACGUGGAUUAGGACAACCGAUACGGCUAUUAUUGGCAUACACUGAGACCGAGUACACCGACAAACGAUACAAUUACGGUCCGCCACAUGAAGAUCAGGUCGAAUGGUAUGAAAGCAAGAAGAGCUUUGGUCUGGACUUUCCCAAUUUGCCGUAUUAUAUCGAUGGAGACGUGAAAAUCACGCAAAGCUUGACGAUAAUGCGGUACCUGUCGAAGAAGCACCGGUUGGCCGGACAUAAUGAACGCGAGAAGAUUAGGAUCGAUGUACUGGAGGGUCAACUCAAGGACUAUAGGGCCGGCUUUCUUGAGGCCACUUUUGAUCCGCACUUCGAAACAGCGAGAGUUGAGUACCUGAAGACAGUGCCGUCAGUACUCAAAUCGUUGAGCGACUUUCUCGGCGAUCAUCCGUACUUCGCCGGAAAGUCCAUCAGUUAUGUGGACUUUAUUGCUUACGAGUUCAUUGAUCUGCACUACUAUCUGGAACCGGAACUGUUCGCACACCACCCGAAUCUCAAGGAGUUCUUGGGCCGCAUCGAAGAGUUGCCCACAGUUCAUAAGUAUCAAUACUCAGACAAUUACAUCCGUUGGCCGUCAGGACUAGUGGUCAGAUGGUAUAAGAAUGUCAGGGCGUGUGGUGUGAGGGUUGGGUGCAAUAGCCUAUGGAUAGGUUGGCAGUGCUGUGAGUGCUGUGGCAUUGGAGUGAAACACCGCUCUCUCGCUCUCGCACUCACUCGCAGUGUAUGGAAAGGCGAAGGCAUUGAGCAAAAGGCAGACCAAACACACAAAAAGGCGUUCAAUUUGUUCGCCAUUUUUGAACACAUUCUCCAUUCACUCAAUGCAUACGUUCUCAUAGAUUUUUCGGGGCUUACGUCCAAAGGGGAGAACAAAUCAAAACAAAAGUAUCAGUCAUUGAAUAUCAAUAAUCUAUAUAAAGGCAAAAGUCUUGAAACCACAAAGACAUCAGUCGCUCCAAAACAUGGUUUGCAAACGUUGGGCAAAGUGGGCGCCGGUCGGCGAAUGCCACCGCCGGCUAAUCUGCCAUCUCUGAAGAGUCAAACCACAACCAAUCAGAACAUAACAUUAGUUCCUACAGGAGGUCAAGGAUGGGGUUCAGGGAAAGACGAGGACAGUGGAGCGACGCCUCCUUUGCAAACUUCAUCGACUGGUGUCGACGCGCAGCCAUUGAGUGCACAAAAGCCGAGCGCCGGGCCAUUGAAUCCAUUGAUGACGUCAUCGACCGCUACAACCGAUACAAAUGUUGGAGCCAUUGCUUUAGGCUUAACGUCAGCCGCAUUGACAGCUCAAUCAAAGACAUGGAGCACAAUAACUGCCACCGCAGAGCACCCGGAAAGUGGUCCCGAGAAGAGCUUCUCAGUCCAACAGUUGCCGUUUUUUCCUCAGGAAUUCCCGAAACUCGAUGGUGGGAAUGCCCCUCAAGACGCGACCACAAAGCCAAGUGCCGAGAUUUCAUACGGGCCCGGACCCAGUCUGCGGCCGCAGACCGAAGGCAGUUGGGGCAGAGGCACACUCCAGGCCCCGCAGCCCGGCAUCAAUCCCAACGCAAACCAAUCACCGAAUGCUGGCAGCGCCGCGUCAGGACAGCCACCGUCUCAUCCCAACGAUCAAAACAUACCGCAAAUGGCCAGAGGCUUAUACCCCCAAUCCGGUGGCCCCCCGACCCAAAGGGGGCCGAUGCCGGGCGCCGUUCCCAUUAUGCCCGCCGCUAACCAAACCGGCGGUCCUCUAAUGCCGGGACAGCAACCCAUGAAUUUCAACCAAUACAGAAUGAUUACUCCAUAUCCGCCACAUAUGUCUUAUCCGGGCCAGAGAGGCGCGUACCCGACCGGUCCGUUUCCACCACAAGGUUUCACACCACACGGACCUAUCAAUACACGGCAGCCUUACUUCCCCGACAGAGCCGGCCAACGACCAGGUGAAGAGUCUGGAGGACCGCCCGGAAGACCGGCGCCUCCUAUUAUCACUGAUAAAGAUUUAAAAGGCUUCGACGAUAUGCUUGAUAGUGGUGUGCAAAAGGGUUGGGCCGCGCAAAACACUGAAGUCGAUUACAACGCAAAGAUCAUGUUUAGUGACGACGAGAACGAUGACUCGCAUCCCAACAAAGAGCCCAAUUAUGAUCCCAGAGAAGUGAGACAUUCGGGUGACGGACGACAGAAAGAUCGGGAACGAAGGGAAAGGGACUCCGAUAGAGGCGAAGAACGACCCAAAUCGUACCGAUCGCCGCAACAACAGCAGUGGCAAAACCAAUCUCAAAAUAUGGCACCGAAUCCACGAAACAGUAAUUACGAUAACCAACCGCAACAACAACAUCCACACCACGACUCGCAACAGCCGUAUCCGCGAUCGCAAGACAGGCAUUCGCAGAAUUAUCCGCAUUCGCGUCACAAUAGAUCUGAUCACCCAAUGGCUGACGACGACGAG